AAGAGCCUGAAGAAAAAGGGAGCGCAGGAGACAGACGACGAGAGGCGACGGCUGACACACAAUCAACACCCAGCAACAAAAAAAAUGCCCAAUUUCGCAGGAAACUGGAAAAUGAAAAGCAGCGAGAAUUUCGACGAGCUGCUCAAAGCCCUGGGUGUAAAUGCCAUGCUGAGGAAGGUCGCAGUGGCGGCUGCGUCCAAGCCCCACGUGGAGAUAAAGCAGAACGGCGAGAACUUCUACAUCAAGACGUCCACCACAGUCCGCACCACGGAGGUCAACUUCGUCGUUGGUGAGGAGUUUAAUGAGGAGACGGUGGACGGCAGAAAGUGCAAGAGCCUGGCCACUUGGGAGACGGAAAACAAGAUUUACUGCACACAGACUCUACUGAACGGGAACGGCCCGAAAACCUUCUGGAGCAGAGAACUCAGAGGGGAUGAACUCAUACUGACCUUCGGAGCCGAUGAUGUGGUGUGCACAAGGAUCUACGUACGAGCAUAGCAGAAGAAGUCGUCCAUGUGUUUCCAAACUGAAAUGAGUUGCCCUCAUUUAUACGGCUGUUACAAACAUAUCAACAUAUCUAAAACUACUGCUUUAGAAACUCUUUGUUUUGCAUCUUCAUAACUCACAAUUCAGAGCUGGAUAUAACCAUUCUGUUCUUUUUUGUAUAUAAUUUUUUCUAGCAUUGGAAAUUAAACAAUCAAAGUAUGAUUUCUUCUUGUUAUAUUGUUCAACUCGUGCUCCAAAUCUGGGGACGUUAUAGAAGACAAGACAAAAGCUGCAUAAAAUAAUACACCUUUGCUCGUCAUUACGGAUGGGCUUAUUUUGUUAAAAAAGUGUCCAGAAUCAUACAAACACAAUGUCAGAAAUGAAAGAGGAAAUGGUUUCUGUCUAUUCAAAGGAUAGUUUAAUGCCAAACACCAUACUAACACUCAUGUACAACAUCAUAAAAGUCAAGAGAAGAGACACAUUAAAACAAGGUACAAACGAUGUCUUUAUGUACAAUCAGCUCCCCGGGACUUCCUGUCGUAUUCCAUAUUAAACAUAGUAAAUACAAAAAUAAAAACCCAAGUAAUAAACUGUUCCAAGAUUGUCUGUAGCUGGUUAUGUAAUUGACUGUUGCCUUAAAUGUUCCUGGAAAAUGUUAAAAUAUUUGUCAGGCAGCUUCUUUUGGAGUGUUGCCAAUCUGCACAUCCGAACCAAACUUUUGGUGUGUUUGCUCGCAUUAUGAUCCAUUCAUGAAAAUGUAAAAGUGAUGUGACUGCUUACCUAAAAGUUGCAUGUUAAGAAAAGUCUGUGUCUUAUAUAUAUAUAUAUAUAUAUAUAUAUAUGUAUUGUUUGACACACUUGACAGCUUUUAGUGUGAUAGAUAUUCUCAAAUCAGAAACCAAUAAAAGCCUUUUUGGUCUCGUCUGACCACCCAACAUUACCUACAAUAUCUACAAAGCUAAUUCUAUCUUUAAAUAAACAAACUGCAGAGGGGAAAGGCAAUAAAAAAUCCUUUGUUUACAUCCCUCUUUUAAGGGAAUUUAACAUUCACAUUUGUAUUUCAGCAAGAAAUACAAACAUAGCUUUGAUUAACUGCAAUUGAAAGGAAUUAUUGCUCGCUUGUUGUCUUGAUCCUAAAACUGUACACAAGUCACACAAGUCUGACAUUCACGUAUAGACCCACUAUACAUCUGUCAGUGUUUGUCAUCAACACUGGGCAUAAAAAAUAAACACAAAUUAAAUGUACAGUUUUUUUUUUAUAGGUGAUACGCUGUGAGACCACCAGAUCUGUCGAACAGAUUCUAACCAUUUGGUUAAGUUAACAUACAAAGAAAGAAUUCAAAGUACUGUUAGGACUUCAGUACUUUCAAAAACGGACAUUUACUGUUACUUUCAAAAAAGCAUAAAUUGCUGCUUGGCUACAUUCAAUCAUGUUAACACCACGAGUGAUACCAAUGCCAAAGACUGAAGGUUGAAAAGCGCAGAGAGGGUAGACGGUUUCUGCCUCGAAACAUGAAAUGGACAAUUUUUUCUACUAAAUUGAGACUUAAGGGGAAAGCACGUUCAACAGACCACAAACAAAAAAAGGUCUCUAAUUAACACCCUUUGGUAAUAAACAGUUAAAAUUUUGCAUUUUCUUAAUAAAUGUCUCUGCAACCUCUAGCUAAAUAUUGAUACUAUGUGUGUUAAUGUAUGCUACACAUCGAUGACAUCUGAUUUUUUAAAAAAAAAUCUAGAUAUAAACAACAUAUUUACACAAAUUGUUUGGGCAGUCAUAACUUACUGUACUUGAUACACUCUGCUGACAUUGUACUGAUGCCAAGCAGCUUCCCAGCAGUUGCCAGAGAUGUUGAAUAUACAGUGCAUUAUUGCACCUUUACCAUCAAAAAAAAGAAAACAUUCACAGGCUAUACAAUUUUACAGCUGGAAGCCAGAUUAAGCUCCAAGUCAGAGUAUGCACAUUUUCACAGAGGUAAAAGGUCCAAGUUGUUGCUACCUAAA